UCCACUGCUAAUUGAUACAAAUGAUCAAACGUCUUACGAAGAUUCAGUUUCACCACUUGCACAAGGCAAUUAUUCUCCACAAUACAGUCCAAUUCCCUCUUCUGCAGUAUAUUUCUCAGCUACAUCUCCUAAUCAAUUACAACAAUUGUCGUCGGACUCUCUACAAACACACACUAACAUCCUAACUAGUAUCGAAAAUCAAAUUGCGUCGAAUUUCGUGUUACCAACAGUGAAAUUGAGUCCAAAAACGUUAGCCACCCUUGUAGCACCUAAACGAGCUCGACGGAAAUUAAAUUUUGAUAUGAAAUCGCCUGAACGUCCAAUUCGUCAAUGUGCUCGAUAUCCUAAUAAAUUACUAUCACUUACAUUUCCCAAAUGGAAUAUAGAAAAGUGUGAAUUCGAAGGAGAACAAUAUUCUGUUAGUAAUACCUGUGCUGUUGACUCUGCUCUCUUCUUAUUGUAUUAUGUUUAUAAAUGUCAUGGUGAUGCUUACCAAGCUCUGUUCCAUUUAAACACUGAUAUUCAUAAAUUGAUACGUGAAACAAUCAAUUAUGUCGAUUCCGAUGGAUGGGAUAUUGCUCGACUUUAUUGGCUUAAAAAAGCCAAAAGAUUGAAUGUUUUAACCAAUCGUGGGGGGGCCAGCUAUGAUGUCUAUGGCACAGUUGCUAUUAACGUGUACGAUCCGUUAUGCGACAUACAACUGCACUCCAUCACCAGUGAAUGUUCAGCUUCUGAUUGCACGAGAAAAAAACGAGUCUUGAAAAACGUAGUUCUUACGUUGAAGUAAGUUGACACGUUUAUUAAAGUUUGUAGAACUUCACUAUAGAUUCAGCCUGAGUAACUGCAAGGAAUUAUUCUCCUUGCGCAAUUCUCACAGCUGAACGUGGUGCACUUUAGGGACAGCUACACAAAAUGGAAUUGUAAGAAAUAUUCUAUUCUUCUUGCCUCUUUCACUUUAUACUGCAGAUGCGCAAUGAUGGAAAACGAUGCGAAAUUACUCAUCUCAUUCCACGAAGUUCUGUGGACCAAAGCACCUUCAUAUUAGAAUAAAAAAAUCUAGUCUGCUUCUAUCACUACAAUAGUCCUAGCAGAUAAAAACAACUAGCAUUCAAGACUUUGACUACCAUCCAAAAUCU